AUAUUCACGCAUCCCUUCUGCUUCAUUACACGCCGUCGAUGGCCGAAAUCUGGUCAGGUCGUCACGAAAAUAGAAUCCCUACUUUUUUCAAAGUCUUAUUUGGACCCACAUAGAGCAUCCCUUCAUAAUUAGAAUUGAACUUUUCCAUAAAUCCACGAGAACACGUGCAUUAUUGAAAUUCAUUAUUUGACCUGGAAGCAAACGAUUUUGCGAGGUGGUAUGUGUGUUAUUUUUCUUUUCUGAAUCGCAGCCAUGGCAACUUUGUUAGCAGUGAGAUUAAGCAGGUCAUCCAGAUUGAAGCACCUGGUGGCCAAUAUACCAAGAUCAAAUAUACUGUCGACACUUCUAGUAGCAGGGAACGAGCAGUUUCGAAGUAUUACUUCCUAUGCAAUAUUGGAUGGUCCUGCUAGUAGAAAAGAUAUCAGGGUAUCAUAUAAUGGCCUUUACAAAAGUUUUCCAUAUCAAGCAUGGGCUAGGUCAUUUGCAUCAGAUAAAAGUGAACUUGUUGAGGCUGUUGUGCCAUUCAUGGGUGAAUCAGUCAGUGAUGGGACUCUUGCAACUUUUCUCAAGAAACCAGGAGAUAGAGUUGAGAUGGAUGAGGCCAUAGCUCAAGUUGAGACUGACAAGGUGACUGUUGAUGUUAAUAGCCCUCAAGCAGGUUACAUUGAGAAGUUUAUAGCCAAGGAGGGAGAUACAGUCGUACCAGGGACAAAGGUGGCUGUUAUUUCAAUGUCAGCAGACGGAGCAACACCUAAAGAAGAGAAGAAAAAGUCAUCACCACAAUCUUCUCAGCAAUUACCAGAUGCAGAUGUUAAAAAAGCUCAGCCUCCACCUGCGACACCUACAGAGGAAGCCCCAAAAGACAAAGUGGCUACUCCUACAGCCCCACCUCCUAAGGCUUCUCCUUUGGAACUGCAGCUUCCUCCGAAGGACAGGGAAAGAAGGGUGCCCAUGACAAGGCUACGCAAACGGGUGGCCACAAGGCUUAAAGAUUCACAGAACACAUUUGCUUUGCUAACUACCUUUAAUGAAGUUGACAUGACAAACCUAAUGCAACUUCGAACAGAGUACAAGGAUGCUUUCCUUGAAAAACAUGGUGUGAAGCUGGGAUUUAUGUCAGGAUUCAUAAAGGGUACAGUGAGUGCACUUCAGCAUCAACCCAUAGUGAAUGCUGUUAUUGAUGGCGAUGACAUCAUAUACAGAGACUAUGUUGACAUCAGCAUUGCUGUGGGAACACCAAAGGGACUUGUUGUACCAGUAAUACGCAAUGCAGAAAAAAUGAAUUUUGCGGAAAUAGAAAAAACAAUGAGUGCACUUGCCAAGAAAGCAAACAUCGGGUCCAUAUCAAUCGAUGAGAUGGCUGGAGGUACUUUUACAAUAUCUAAUGGUGGUGUGUAUGGCAGCCUCCUGAGCACUCCCAUUAUUAACCCGCCCCAGUCUGCAAUUUUGGGCAUGCAUUCCAUCCAAAAUCGUCCUGUUUGUGUGGGUGGCAACAUUGUUGCAAGACCUAUGAUGUACAUUGCACUUACAUAUGAUCAUAGGCUCAUUGAUGGGAGAGAGGCUGUCUACUUCCUUCGACAUAUCAAGGAUGUAGUAGAGGAUCCGCGGAGGCUUCUACUUGACAUCUAAUGUGAGCGAAGGCUUUUUGAUCAGACAAAAUUUUCCAAAAUCACGCUCAAAGCAGGAAUGACAAUUUGUUUUUAAUAAAUUUAUCAUGUCAAUUUUAUUUUGAUUGACGAGUCUCUUGCAUGAUUGUUUCUGCGACAUUUGGUUGUCCAAAUAGAAGUAGUUGAGAUGAGGAUAUUUUUGAACUUGAACACUAUCACUUCGAUCUACAUAUUCAGGAACACGUGGAUCAGCUGAGAUAAAAUUUUGGAAUUAGUUGAUUCUUGUAGGUAUACGGUAUCUCCUAAUAUUGGUAGCUCCUUUAAUUGUUUUUCUAAUUAAGGUCAGUUGAAAAAUGGCUGAAUUUUAUUUUGAGGUACGUUUACUACAAAUAAAUAUAUGAACAAUGGAAAAUAUUCCCCGCAA